AUGGAUCGUCUUGUUGCCUAUGCUUCUUCUGGAAGGCUCAGGUCCUUGCUAUCUGCCAACCCUAACAAUAGCGUGAUUGAAAUUAACGACGAGACCGAAGAGAACUUCUCAGCCCUACUCGAGUUUUUUUAUUCUCUUACUCUUAAUCCUAAUGUAAAUCUUUCGGAUUACCUUCGUAUUGGGUGUCGUUGGAAAGUAGAUGAGCUACUUAAAAUUUUAGCCGUUGAAUGUUCCUCUCAAUUUGAUCAAGAUAAUUUUGUGCUAAGUGAAAUCGUUCAGGCUUAUAAGGAUUUGCCUGACAAUAGCGCAUUAGAUUUAAUGCUAGGACUGUUUCGUCUCCAUCCCUUUGAUGCUAAUUGUAUGUUUCUUUAA